AUGCAGAGCCAACCUGUGGAGAAGCUGCUGCUGUCGUGGAAGAGGGACGGGCGGAGAAUAGGAGGCGGCACUCGUCUGGUCCUGACCGCUCCGGACUCUUCAGACGCGGGAAUGUACAUCUGUGAAGCGGCCCUUAGCAACAGCACCACGCGCCCUGUGGAGGCCCGGGCACACCUCACCGUCACAGCGCCCCCUACCCUGGCCAUGCAGCCGAAGAGCAGGACAGUUGGAGACCUGGAGAGGAACGUGGAGAUCCCAUGUGUGGCUACAGGUGUACCCCAGCCGAGGAUGGAGUGGUUCAAAGACACCGUUCCCCUGUCUAAGCUGGCCAACCCGCGGUACAAGGUCACCAUGGCGGCGGGGCUCACGGUGAGGAGGGUCCAGCCCGGUGACGGGGGAGUGUUCCAGUGCAUCGCCCGCAACGCUGCCGGAGAGACGCAGGGCUACACACAGCUACUGGUGUCCAGUGUGGCUCCACUCUUCUCGCUGCCUCCUGUGGACCAGACAGUGACUGAGGGCCACACAGCUGUAUUUCACUGUCAGACCAGUGGGGCCCCCAGACCUGCCAUCGUGUGGAGGAAAGGCACUCAGGUGUUAGCCAGUGGUUCUGUGCAAAUCCCGGGCUUCAGCCUCCUCCAAUCAGGCUCCUUGCAAAUCCGGCCAAUCAGCUCUCAGGAUUCUGGAGAGUACACGUGCUUCGCUUCCAACGCUGACGGCACCAUCAACUCUACGGCUGCGCUCACGGUCCUCAAUCGGACAGUUAUUUCCCUGCCCCCGUCGGACCUGAGGGUGAUCAAAGGUACCACAGCGACCCUCAAGUGUAAUGCCACACACGACCCCAGAGUCAAUGUCAGUUUCCUUUGGGAACGCGGGGGUGCACCAGUGGUCUCCUCCAGCGGGGGGCGUGUCUCAGUGCGUCAGGGCUUGCUCACCAUUGGUCAGACCUGGUCCGGUGACAUCGGCGACUACACCUGCACUGUGCUGUCCGCGGCCGGAAACGACUCCCAAACGGCACGCCUGGAAGUCAUAGAGCUGCCCCACUCCCCCCGGUCGCUAACCGCCACGCUUAACGAAACAGACUCUCGCUCUGUGCUGCUGUCAUGGCUCCGCCCCUUUGAUGGAAACUCUCCUCUGCUGUACUACCUGCUGGAGCUCUCAGAGAACAACUCUCCGUGGAAGGUCUACCUGUCUGAGGUGGAUCCGACCGUGGCCAACAUCACGGUGGGCGGGCUCACUCCGGCUAGGACCUAUCAGUUCAGGCUGUGUGCUGUCAAUCAAGUGGGCCGGGGCCAGUACAGCGAUGAGACGCAGAGACUGAUGCUGCGAGAAGAAGCCCCCAGUGCCCCGCCCAAGAACAUAGUGGCAAGUGGAAGGACCAACCAGUCCAUCAUGGUGCAGUGGCAGCCCCCACCAGAGCCCCAGCUCAAUGGGGUUCUUAGGGGCUACAUGCUCAGGUACCGUCUGGCAGGUCUCCCAGGAGACUACCAGGAGAAGAACAUCACCAGCCCUGAGACCAACUACUGCCUGCUCAAAGACCUCAUCAUCUGGACCCAGUACCAGAUCCAAGUGGCCGCGUACACAGUCGUUGGACUGGGGGUCUACAGUAGUCCUGUCACAGAGUACACACUGCAGGGAGUGCCCACAGCGCCCCCUCAGGACGUACAGAUAAUAGCAGUCAACUCAACCACCAUCCGCUUCACAUGGAGUCCGCCUCCGCAGCAGUUCAUCAACGGAAUCAACCAGGGAUACAAGCUGAUGGUGUGGCCUGAGCUCUUCCCAGACGACGUCACCAUGGUACCCAUCACUCCAGACUACCCGGCCAGCCGACACACCGGCCUGGUGAAGGGGUUGGCCAAGUUCACCUGGUACUAUGGCUCCGUGUUGUGUUUCACCACACCGGGAGACGGGCCCCGCAGCCAGCCCAGCCUCCUGCAGACACACGAAGACGCCCCUGGACCUGUCCGUCAGCUGACCUUCUCAGAGAUCCUGGACACGUCUCUCAAAGUGAGCUGGGCCGAGCCGCUGGACAAGAACGGCAUCGUCACAGGGUACGUACUGAGGUGGGAAGUUUCCGGCGCAGAGUCCAGUGCGCAGGAAAAGGCCCUGUCCAACUCCACCCUGCAGUACCACCUGAGCGGCCUCACCUCCACCACCACCUACAGCCUGCAGGUGGCAGCACUGACUGCAGCGGGCCGAGGGGCUGUCACCACCUCCACCAUUUCCACAGGGGUUCCACCAGAACUGCCUGGAGCUCCAUCUAACCUGGUGAUCUCCAACAUCAGCCCGCGUACAGCCACCCUGCGCUUCAGACCGGGCUCCGACGGGAAGACCGUCAUCUCCACCUGGAUCAUAGAAGGACAGGUGGUGCUGGAGGACGGGAGAGAGGAGCCAUGGAAAGUUCUGUACCAGGAGGAGAAUCAGCCCGACACCAACUCUAUACAGAUCCCCAACCUGAGCCCCUUCACCCAGUACAGGUUCCGGAUGAGGCAGCUGAACAUCGUAGGUACCAGUCCUCUAAGCAGCCCCUCCAGGACCAUCCAGACCCUGCAGGACUCACCUGACAGUCCCCCCACCCAGCUCAACCUACAGGCCUCCUCACAGACCAGCCUCAGGAUCCGGUGGAAGCCCCUGGAGGAGUCAGAGUACAACAGCAGUCCGGAGUCUAUGGGCUACCGUCUGCGCGUGUGGAGGAACGAUGGGCAGGGCGACGAGCGCACUGUGGAGAUAGAAGGGGUGAACGCCACAGACUGCACCGUGGAGGGUUUGAGUCCCUGGACGCACUACCAGGCCCAGAUCCAGGCUUACAACUCCAUCGGAGCAGGGCCCUGGAGCAACACACUGCCAGCCAUGACUACAGAGUCUGUUCCAUCUGGACCUCCUCAGAAUGUGACCGCAGAGGCCAUCAGCUCCAGUAAGAUCCUGUUGACCUGGACCCCGGUGCUGAAGGCCCAGAAGAACGGGAUCAUCCUGGGGUACAAGGUGUUCUACAACGAGCGUGACCUGGUGUCCCCCCGCCGGGAGCAGCUGGUCUCUGGAGAGGGCCGUGUGUCGGUGAUGCUAUCCCCCCUGCUAAAGUACACGGGCUACGAGCUGAGGGUCUUGGCCUUCACGCGCUCUGGGGACGGACCCCUGAGUGCCCCUGUACUGCUGAGGACCAGAGAGGACGUCCCGGGGCCUCCGGUCAGAGUGGUCUUCCCUGAGGUCCGGCUGACCUCAGUACGGGUGGUCUGGCAGCCCCCUACCAGCCCCAAUGGCAUUAUACUAGGAUACCAGAUCUCAUACCGUCAGGAGGGCCGUGACGCUCUCCGCUGGACCACAGUAGAAGUGGGCUCCACAGGAAGACAGUUCACCGUCACUGGGCUGGCCCCGGAGCAGACCUACACCUUCAGACUGACUGCCCGCACUGCAGUGGGCUGGGGCCAGGAGCACCAGGCCCUCGUGGUCACUACAGAGAGAAGAGAGCGUCCACAGCCCCCCAGGAAGCUGUUGGUGCCGCAGGAGGGAGUGGGAGCCCGGCGACUACAGCUGCAGUGGGUCAGUGGGGGGUCAGGCUCCUCCCCUCUGAGGUACUACACAGUCCACCUGAAGGAACUGCCCGACGGAGCCUGGAGCCCCCACAUCAGCGACGUGCCGCACGACGUGACCACAUGGACACUUGAAGGACUGAAACCGUUCACAUCGUACAAGCUGAGGAUGCUGGCCACCAACGAUGUGGGCGACAGCGUGCUGAGCAAAGAGACCGAGGCUGUGACCACUCUGCAGGACGUUCCUGAUAAGCCCCCAGUGAUCACCUCUGUGAAGCCCACCACCACGACCUCUGUCCUGGUGCAGUGGAAGCCUCCCAGUGACGACAGUUUGAACGGGGUCCUGACCGGAUACCGACUGUACUACAGAGAGAUCCCAGCAAACAGCUCCAUCAGCACCGAACCACCAGGCCAGGCCAACACCAGUGCCUCAAGUGCUCUCAUCACCAAUAAGAGCACCUUUAAGACAGUCAGCAGUGCCUCGCUGACAGAGUUCGAGCUUACACAGCUUAAGAAAUUCCAGCGUUACCAGAUCUUCAUGACCAGCUCCAACAUUGUGGGAGAGAGCCCCCCAUCUGCAGCCGUGGAUGUGUCUGUGGGAGAGGCAGCGCCCUCUGUGGCCCCUCACUCCAUCAGAGUCUCAGGCCUAUCUCCAUCCGUUCUGGAGGUGACGUGGGAUGUGCCGCCACUGGAAACCCAAAACGGACUCAUCCAAGGAUACAAGAUUCACUACUGGGAGCGUGAGCGGCAGAACCAGACGGAGAAAGUGAUGCUUGUGUCCGUCCCCCACACUGCAGCCCAGCUCACCAACCUGAGCAGCUACACGGCCUACAUGCUCACCCUCACAGCCUUCAACACAGCAGGGGACGGGCCCCCCAGCGAUCCUCGCGGGGCCCGGACGCAGCAGACAGCGCCCAGUGAGCCCAGCUUCCUGUCCUUCUCGGAGGUGACAGGCUCAAGUGUGAACGUAUCCUGGGGCGCCCCCCUCAGGCCUAAUGGACAGAUAGAGGGCUACAGGGUGAGGUACCAGCCCACCAGCCCCGUACAAGGUUUGACCAGAGCGGUGACUGUGGACGUGAGCGGAGGCUGGCAGCGCUGGAUUAAGGUUCGCGACUUGACACGAGGAGUGAGCUACAUGUUCAGUGUGCAGGCCCUGACCGUGAGCUACGGAGCGGCGGCACAGGCCAACCUGACCGCCCAGCCGCUGCCAGGCUCUCCAGGUGCUCCUCUGGACCUGAGCGUGUCUAAAACCUCCGCCGGUCUCACCCUGCAUUGGUCGGAGGGAGACAUUGGCUCUGCCCCCAUCACUGGAUAUGUCAUCGAGUCCCGUCCCUCUGAUGAAGGUACGUGGGACUCGUUCAUCCGCUCUGUGCCCCCCAGCAGCAGGUCAGCCCCAGUCCCUGUAGAGCGCCUCCGCACAGGCGUCAGCUAUGAGUUCAGGGUCAUAGCAUUCAAUCGCUAUGGUUACGGUCAGCCCAGCGGCCCCUCCACUGCGCUCGCUGCUCAGUCGUCGCGGCCCUUCUACGAGGAGUGGUGGUUCCUGCUGGUCAUGGCUCUGGUGGGACUCAUCCUGGUGCUGGUGCUGGUGUUUGCUCUGCUGCUGCAUGGACACAGCUCCAAGUACAAGAGCUGCUCCACAGGAAAGCACCUGUCCCCCGCUGAUGAGUCGGUCACUCUGGACAAUGGGGGCUUCACUGCACUGGAGCUCAACAGCCGGACCCUCAACUCUAAAAACUCUUUCCUCAAGAAGAACGGUACCAGAGCCACUCUUGUGUCUCCUCCCAGGCCCAGUCCAGGCGUGCUGCACUACUCUGAUGAGGACAUCUGUAACAACUACAACGGGACAGCUCUGACAGAGAGUACCACACUGACCGAGAAACCCACCGAGGCCUCCGAGUCCGAGCUCACCGACAGCGACUACGAAGAGGAGCAGCCCAAGCACUCGUUCGUCAACCACUACAUGAGCGACCCCACCUACUACAACUCGUGGAAGCGGCAGCCCAAGGGGGUCAAGAGCGCCGGCCCCCCCUCCUUCCCUUUCGAGGAGCGGGACAAGGAGCCCUACUACCAGACUGUGGUGACUCAGCACAGCGCGGGGGGAGCUUACACCCCCAGUGGUCAGCCGGCACACACGCUGCCCAAUAACAACAACUGCAACAACCCCCCUGCAGGCUCUCGGACCCCCGUCACGGGAUUCUCCUCAUUUGUGUAG